GAAACUUGCCAUGGGAGUGCACAGAGGAGGAACUGAUUGAACUUGGGAAGCCAUUUGGUAAAGUUGUGAACACAAAGUGCAAUGUUGGAGCAAACCGAAAUCAGGCUUUUAUUGAAUUUGCUGAUUUAAAUCAAGCUAUUGCUAUGAUAUCAUAUUAUGCCUCAUCCUCAGAGCCUGCUCAAGUGCGUGGAAAAACUGUCUACCUACAGUAUUCAAAUAGGCAAGAAAUAGUGAACAACAAAACUACUGCAGAUGUUGCUGGAAAUGUACUUUUGGUAACAAUAGAGGGUGCAGAUGCACGCCUUGUUAGCAUUGAUGUUUUACACCUGCAGGGCCAUAUCAAGGCAAUAUCUUCGAUGGCAGCUUAGUGCAUCGGGAGAAAGAGCGCAUGUUUUUUCUGCUUUUGGAUUUGUGCAUAAGAUUACUACCUUUGAGAAGACAGCUGGAUUCCAGGCGCUGGUACAAUUUUCAGAUACAGAGACUGCCUCUUCUGCAAAGAAUGCCCUAGAUGGAAGAAGCAUUCCUAGUUAUCUUCUCCCUGAGCAUUUGGGGCCAUGUACCCUUAGGAUCACGUAUUCUGCACACACAGAUUUGAGUGUGAAAUUCCAGAGCCACCGUAGCAGGGACUACACUAAUCCUUACCUUCCUGUUGCUCCAUCAGCCAUAGAUGGAAGUGGGCAGGUAAUUAUGGGUUUGGAUGGGAAAAAGCUAGAACCAGAGAGUAACGUUCUUCUUGCAUCUAUUGAGAAUAUGCAAUACGCUGUCACCUUGGACGUUUUACACAUGGUGUUUUCUGCUUUUGGGCCUGUACAAAAGAUUGCCAUGUUUGAUAAGAAUGGGGGUGUGCAGGCUUUGAUUCAGUACCCUGAUGUUCAAACUGCUGUUGUUGCUAAGGAAGCCCUGGAAGGACACUGCAUCUACGAUGGAGGGUUUUGCAAGCUUCACAUCUCAUAUUCACGCCAUACUGAUCUCAGCAUUAAGGUAAUCAAACUAUAUCCUUUGAAAAGAAGUUUGUCUUAUGUUGUCUAUUUACUUACAAUGAUUACUAGAAAGAGAAAGGUGGAUAGUGGAUACAACCAAUCUUUUAUGAUCUGGACCAUUUGGUUAAGCUCAAUUAUUGUUAAGGAGAAGGCAGGAAAACUUUAUUUGCUACACACAAAUGUUUUCACUGUGGCCCUCAAUAACUUUUUACUGCUAUUAUCUUUUUUGCCUUUUUUCCCCCCCAAGGGGGUACUUGGGUGGUGGGUUUAUAGGUAUGGGGAGUGACAUAAACCCAGAGGUCUUAGGUUCUAUCCACACACUAUCUGUCCAUGGGAUUUGUGGGGUGUCUCAUGGGAAGGGAACUAAAGGCAAGGAUGCCACUUCCUUACAUCAACCAACAAAAAAGGUCUCCUUUUUUAUAUAAUUUUACUUAUCCAAAAUAAAUAAAUAAAUAAAAAUCUUGUUCACCUUUUUUUAUUUUGUGCAAAACCAGCAUCUUUGUUUGUGGCUUCAUUGUUAAGAUGUGAUUUAGGGUUUUGGAUUUAUGAAACAUAUUUGAGUUCGAUAGAUAUUUCAUUGUUCAGUUUAUUUCAAUUCAUAGUCUUUGUUUUAUUGUUGGUUUUGUGGCAAUCUUGCAACUAGGCUUGGGCUUAGAUGAAAUCUUAGUCAUAGAUUUUGAAACUUUUUGCAAUUAGGGGAAAAAGUUGAAAUUAUUUGCAUUUUGAGAUUGGAUUAAUUACUGAAUUGUAGAUGGUAAUUUGAUUUUCAUUCUGCUUAUCUUCUUAAAGUCUUGCCUUAGAUAUGGUUCACUGUGAUAGAUAACGCCAAAGGCUGCUAUUGGUGAAAUAGAAAUGCAGUUCUAGGAAUCAGUCCUAUUAAACUUCCCAUUGUUUGCUUUUUUCUGGUAGGAACCUACAUUUGCUGCUUGAACACGAUUAAAACUGGUACUGAGAUUUUUUCCCCCUUAAAAAUCUGCAACCCUGGGCAUUCAGCUGUCAUUAUCCUUAUCUGUUGACAUUUCUCUUCUUUUUCUUUGGGGGUGGGGGGAAGGGGAGUGACUACUGAGUACCUUUUUAUUUUAUUUUUUGUUGAGAAUAGUAUCGCUGGAACGGUGAUGCUCAUGUUUCGGGCUUAGGGUGGUAAAUGGGGUGGGCCUUGGUGGGUUUGAGACUUUGAGGUAGGUCUAUAGUAUUUUGCUUUACAAAGCUGAGAGAUAGAGUACUAAAAAGAAGAAGAAGAAAAAAAAAUGUU